UUCCGUAUACGGUAGAAGAGCGUGGCCCAACCGGAACAACCCCACCACCGCCCACAGGAAGAGCUCUGCCAAAAACGGAAGACUUGUUUGUUUUAUUUGUUUUGUUACUUCCAUCCGUUGAGAAGACGGCGUAGUCGACCAACCCCGAGGUGGAACUAUGGCGGGCGUGUGGUGGAGACGCGCGCUGGGGCUACUGGCGGGUGCCCGGGGCAGGCUCCCGCCGCCCACGGGCUCCCUGCUCCCGCCGCCGAGGGCCCUGCCGCGACAGGCGCGAGGCCGCGCUGCCCUGUGGGCCCUGGGAGCGCUGGGAGCCGGCACGGUGGAGGCGGCGAGGCGAGGCCUCAUUACGGGGCCAGAGGCGGACGCGGCUUUGCAGGCGCAUGGGCUGGUGGCGUCGGCCCCCGUGAGUGUGGGCCCCUCUCCGCCCGAGAUGCGCUUCUCGGAGUUUGCUUCACUGCAGCUGGGGGAGCAGAUGUACAUGACCCCCCUGGACUUCCUCGACUCGGUGACCUCCGACACAGCCAGCUGGACGAGCAGGAAGUUCAUCACGAAAAAAGAGGCUGAUCGACUUCUCAAAAACACCCCCAAGUUAAAGGAUGGGACGCUAAACUUUUUCACCUCCCAGGGCCACCGUGGAAUGCUGUCGUACACGGACUACCUCUUCCUGGUGUGCAUCCUCACCAAGCCCCGUGCCGGCUUCCAGGUCUUCUUCAAGAUGUUUGACACUGAUGGAAAUGAGCGCGUGGACAAGAAGGAGUUCAUGAAGCUGCUGAAAAUUUUUCGGAAAAAGAAGGAAAAAUCUACGAACUCACUCGAAGUGGCCACGGAGGUCGUGGGGGGUGCCCCCCCUUUGGAGACCACGCUCGUCCUUCACCUCUUCAAGGAUCAGUCCCUGAGCUACCAAGAAUUUGAGAAGUUCAUGGUGGAGCUGCAGGGCGAAGUGCUGCUGCGCGAGUUUGAGGAGCUGGCGCGCGGAACGGGCCGCGUGACGCAGCGCGAGUUCGCCAGCGCCGUGCUGCGCUACACGGGCGCGGCACACCGCGGGCACCGCAACCUCGACUCCGACGAGGGCAUCACGUUUGAAGAGUACCGGGCGUUCUUCCAGUUCCUCAACAACCUCGAGGACUUCACCAUCGCCGUGCAGAUGUACACGCGAGCAGGCCUGCCCAUCGGACCGGAGGAAUUCCGCCGCGCGGUGCAGGUGGUGACGGGCAGCCCGCUGUCGGCGCGCGUGACGCGCGUCGUCUUCUCCCUGUUCGAUGCCAACAACGACGGGCGGCUCAGCCAGGCCGAGUUCAUCGGCGUCAUGCGGGAGCGGCUGCACCGCGGGUUCAAGAGCGUGCCGUCUGUGGGUCGGCCUGGGUACGUGGACUGUGUGAAGAGGGAUAUGGUCCGGGGCCUCCAGGAGUUCCGCAGGAUGUACCAGAAGGCCUGAUGGCAUCGCAGCAUCGCAGCUGUCUCAUCACCACGUCGCAUCACCCUACGUUCUACACACGUCACCGUGUAUCACCCUACGUUCUACACACGUCACCAUGUAUCACCCUACGUUCUACACACGUCACCGUGUAUCACCCUACGUUCUACACACGUCACCGUGUAUCACCCUACGUUCUACACACGUCACCAUGUCGCGUCGCGUUACCCCACGUUCUACACGCACCACGUGACGUGCGCCACGCAACUCGCGGCUCAUCCCACCGCGUGCCGCAUCGCGUCAGCGUUUCAUGAUCUCGCGAUGCCGUAGCGCUACGUCGUCGCCCCACGCGGUGUACCUACACGCGCGGCUGCAAGCAGCCCACGUCUCGCUCACAGACGCUCUACGGCACGCCACGUCGCAUCACAUUUCAUGGCACGUCUCCGCUCGCACCGUGCUGGGAUUGAACCCAGGGUCAGCGUUUAACGUAUGUGCAUCUGUGUGGGGUGAACUAAAUUGUUGGCAGUGGAGGUGGUGGUCUUUUGGCUCUGUGCGUCUAGAUCUCUCAGCGUCUCUGUUUCCGCGCACGUGUGUGUGUGUGUACCUUUGUAUUUUUCACUCUCCGUGCCAACGUAUUUCUGUUACUCUCGUGUUUCUCUGUGUCUCUUCCACCGUCUUGAGAAAUGUCGCACCUCAAAGGGUUUUCGGCGCCGCUCACAGUCGACGGGUAGCCGCCCCAGUCGCCCAGCCGGGCCCAAUUGGCCUAACAGCCACGUGGAAGGGCUUCAAGUUUAUUCGUUUCCAAUUCGAUUAACCAGCUGAGAACUCGAGAGACCAGAAUAGUCUCGUUUGCAAGAGAGACCUGGGCAGUCUAUGCUCUGCCAUCAAGACUGCAAAGUGAUGUUGAUGAUAAGUGUGAUGAUUGUUACCUACGGUGAAGACAAUCUCAUGGGGUGGUGGCUGGACUAACGAUGUUAUAAUAAAAAUAUUGAUCAUUGGGGGGGGGGGGGGGGGGCGUUUGAUGCCUUUUGAGGUGUCACUUAUGCACUUGCACUGUUGAUGGUGUUGGUGGUUUUGGUGGUGGUUUUGAUAUGUUAAUGAGAGUGAGCUUUUUACAUUUCACACAAAUGACGUAACAAGGCUACGCUGCUGUCGAACUAAUCAAGAUUAUGACGCUGCUUUGGCAGUGUCGCAUAAGUCCAAAUAGACAAGCGAAAACUGUACACAUUCGUAAAUAACAUUUCCCUGAAAGGAAAUAAUAUGUAGCUAUAAUAGGCAACAUUUUGGAUAAUGGGUACUGUUGUGAAGAAGGGCCAUUGUCAGAAAUGUGUUACACACAUUCAACUUAGUGCAUUGUUAUUAACGAAUGUGUCGAGUGUUAUCUCGACCGGUGGCUGUGUCGGGCUGCGCUGUGUUGUUAUACACAGCAAUAUGUAACAUUUUGCGGAGUUUGCAGGAUAUUGUGGAGGAGGUAGCUGGUUCCCGUGAUACUGUGUGGCUGAAACAUGUACAGGACAACUGGCGUGCAUUGAUUGACAGUGAUUGAACCUGCACCCAUUAAAUUAGCACUGCUUGUCCACCUGAUUUUGGAUUAUCGGUAUUCGCAUAAAUGUCCUGGAAUGCAGAACAUGCUCCAUUCAACACGCCAUAUUUAGCUGCUGCGGAUGCUGCAUUAUGGGAAAUGCUAUCUUUUUCUAGUUUCUGUCUAUACGUAUAUACUGGUUUCACCUUGACCUGCGAUCCUCAGUACAAUAUAUAACUCAGCUGGUGUACCUGCCGGGUUAUCUCAGAUUUACUUUUAUAAUAUGGUGCAAUGUAGUUGUGCUACAAUGUAUGGUAAACGCAUAGCAGUUUCAACCUUAUUGUGUGUGGAUCGUCGGUACAGCACAUUGCCACCGAUUUACCGGCACGAUUAUCAAAGGUUGAUGUGUGGUUUUAUGAAAGCAGUGAUGCCUCUAUUCAAACUCCACCAGUCCAGGGUUGGACUUGACCACCGGGUCACAGGGAAUGUACCAAGAAAAUGGUCCAGGAGUUCAGUCGUCACACUCGCUACGAAUUUGCAGCCCUUUGUCAAUCCACUGCUGGAUGAAGGCCCUUCCCCGUGCCGUCUCGUCCGUGGGUGACAUUUGCCCACACGUCACGUUGGUCAUUGUGGGGGUGUUGAAGGGUGGGAGGAGGUUGGAGUGCCCAGAACCGGUUUAAGUGUCACUCGCCACUGGUGGUAGCCGGGACCGGAAUCAACCUGAUGUGCGUGGAUACAUGGCGCAGUGUGAAAACCAUUACACCGCCGCCCCCGUUGCCACGCUUAUCUACAACUUCAAUCAUUCGCCGCACAAUUGGUGUCUAGAUUUAAGGUGUUGGGUUCGAGAGUGGUGGUCCAAAUCCAGGGCAUGCCAAUUCGGACAAAUGCCUGAGCUUCCCAGUGUGCCCCCAUUCCAACCAGGGAUGGUACCCAACCCGAGACCGACCCUCACCCCAAAGCCUAACCGUGUACAGGACACGUUCACCAGUCCCAUCGGACGCAUCCGGCGUGCGCUUUCGGACUCCGUAUAUGGGCAGUGCUUACCGACGCACCUUGGGGCUUCUUGUGUGUAAAUGUCGUUAUUGGGAUGUAUAAUAAACGAUGUUGGGUUGAGAGA